AUGAGCGACAUCUUUACAAGCAUCUUCACAAAGGCUACAAGCAUCCUGGGUCUACUGACCACUUGCGGGGCUGUAUAUCGACUUGUCGACUUUCUCUUCUUUCAUUUCACGGUUUCCAGAGACCCUCUUGCCGCUUACAGAUCCGAUUUUCCUUCACAUGAUGAAUCCGACAGGCCGAAAACUUAUGCACUGAUCACAGGAUCAAGUGGAGGCAUUGGUUUCGGUCUUGCGGAAUCGUUAGUGAGACGUGGAUUCGGAGUCAUCUUGCUGUCGAACGACGAAGCCGGUCUUCAAUCUGCAAAGCAAAGACUGGUGCGGCAAUACCCGAACUGUGCAUCUUCGAUCGAGCUUGUACAUCUCGAUGCCGUUAGGGCUUCAGUGGAAGACAUACAGAACCGAAUAAUCAGUAAUUGCAUCGAGCUUAAGAAUCUGACCGUCACAAUCUUGAUCAACAAUGUUGGUGGUGUGCUACUGCCAUCGCCUCUGUUCAGGGUUUUCUCUGAGUAUGAUUCAAAAGGGAUCGAUGACAAUAUCGAUCUGAAUGCUCGAUUUAUGGCCCAUGUAACGCGUGCCAUGCUGCCUACUCUAUCCGCAUCAUCAGCACUUUCGUCUUCACGAAGACCGAAUCGAUCACUCAUAUUGAGCAUGAGUUCCGGCGCACGAUCUGGCAUACCUUGGCAAGGCAUAUACAGCGCAACAAAAGCAUUCAACGCUGCCUUUAGUAUGGCCCUUGCACGGGAGUUCAGAGCCACCGGGGUACCAAUUGACUGCAUUGCCGUGGUUCCGGGUGAUGUGCUUACCGACUCGAACUACACCGGGCUUGGAGCCUGGAGUCCCAGUGCUCAUCAGUUUGGAGAAAUGAUUUUGAAUAGAGUCCCUGCUGCUGUAAGCCGACAUCGGUUAUGGAUGAGUCCAUAUUGGUUGCACGCAAUUCAGAUCGCCAUAAUGGACUGGAUCCCCGAAACUAUUUUAUGUGGCGUUUUGGCUGAUAAAAUGGUGGACAAGAAACUAAUGUUUGAGAAAGAGGCACAGAAGCAGAAAUGA